UGGGGAAGCCUGCUCGGCAACCUCAUCAAGGAGUUUACCGAAGGUGCCUAUUCGGCCUCUGCAACACCAGUUGACGAGGAUCCGGAGUCUCUUCCGUUCGGCACCAUGGGCGAGGUCAUUGACAAAGCUUCAGCCCUUUCUGUGGAUGACGAUACGGUAGAGCUUGUCCGCCGGUUCACACAAGGCGUCAGCACCCCAGCAACCUACCCUCCUCCUCCCUCUCCAUCAUCCACUCCACCACCCUCUCCUCAGCCACCUUUCCUCUCCCCACCCUCUCCUACGCUCUCCCCUCCCACUCCAUCGUCCAUUCCACCACCCUCUCCUUGGCCACCAUCCCUUUCCCCACCCUCUCCUACGCUCUCCCCUCCCUCUCCAUCACCGUUGUCCCCGCCACCCUCUCCUCGGCCACCUUCCAUCUCCCCACCCCCAUCUCCCGCCCCGUUGCCAUCACCACCACCAUCACCUUCUCCGCCAACGCCCCCUCCACCGCCUAACGUUCCGUUGGGUACAAAGUUGAUGACCACUGACUUUACCCUUUGCUUCCCGGCUGCUUCAGCGAACAUUACGGUUUUAGACGGCACUGAAGUCUCUAAGCUAAGUGAUUACAUUCAGAAGAUGAAGACAACACUCAGCAAAGCUUACUACCUACCGACAUCCAACUUCAUCGUCCGUAACGUCUAUGUGACAUUUUCGGAUGGCGCCAAGACCCAAAUCGAGUCGUCCUUUGCUCGGCGCCGUGCCACCGCCAUAACCGAGAUUGUCGAAGAUCCGCGUCAACCACAGUUGCCUGAGCCUCAUCGCCGCCUCGCUGAGGAGCUCCAACUCCUCUUUCCCGGAACUUUAGAC